CAUCUCCAAGCGCCUAAGUUUGCAGCUGCACGCUAUCCUCACGCGGCUGCAGUGUAGGAUCGCCAGGACGUCGGCAACAAUAUGGCUGAAACAGUUGCCGGAGUGGGCCGCUUUAAAGCUAACUAUGCUGUGGAGCGCAAGAUUGAGCCUUUCUACAAGGGCGGGAAAGUACAGCUCGACCAGACAGGCCAUCACCUCUUCUGCAUCUGUGGUAACAGAGUCAAUGUCCUAGAUGUGGCCUCAGGGAGUGUGCUACAGAGCCUGGAGCAGGAGGACCAAGAAGAUAUCACUGCCUUUGACCUCAGCCCCGAUAAUGAGGUGUUGGUGACAGCCAGUCGGGCGCUGCUCUUGGCUCAGUGGGUAUGGCGAGAAGGUAGCGUUACUCGUCUGUGGAAAGCAAUACACACAGCCCCUGUGGCCACCAUGGCCUUCGAUCCCACGUCCACACUGCUAGCCACAGGGGGCUGUGACGGGGCUGUACGUGUCUGGGAUGUUGUGCAGCACUAUGGAACACACCACUUUCGGGGCUCGCCUGGUGUCGUGCAUUUGGUGGCCUUCCACCCGGACCCCACUCGCCUGCUGCUCUUCUCUUCAGCUGUGGAUGCUGCCAUUCGUGUGUGGUCACUGCAGGACCGCUCGUGUCUGGCCAUGUUGACUGCUCACUAUAGUGCCGUCACCUCCCUGACCUUCAGUGCUGAUGGACACAGUAUGUUGAGCUCUGGCCGUGACAAGAUCUGCAUUGUCUGGGACCUUCAGAGCCACCAGGCCACAAAAACUGUGCCAGUAUUUGAGAGUGUGGAGUCUGCUGUGCUGCUGCCCGAGGAGCCAGCUCCUGCGCUGGGUGUGAAGAACUCAGGCCUGCAUUUCCUGACAGCUGGUGACCAAGGCAUACUACGUGUGUGGGAAGCAGCUUCUGGGCAGUGUGUGUAUACACAGACACAGCUACCAGGCCCAGGGCUAGAGCUGACCCAUUGCUCCCUGGUCCGAGCUGCUGGCCUGCUCCUCAGUGUCACUGCUGAUCACAACCUGCUACUCUAUGAAGCGUGCUCCCUACAGCUGCAGAAACAGUUUGCCGGGUAUAGUGAGGAGGUUUUGGAUGUCCGGUUUCUUGGGCCCAAGGACUCCCAUAUCAUUGUGGCCUCCAACAGCCCCUGCCUGAAAGUUUUUGAGCUACAGACAUCAGCUUGCCAGAUCCUCCAUGGCCAUACAGAUAUUGUCCUGGCCCUGGAUGUGUUUCGGAAGGGGCGGCUCUUUGCCAGCUGUGCCAAGGAUCAGAGCAUUCGCAUCUGGAGAAUGAACAAGGCUGGCCAGGUGUCCUGUGUGGCUCAGGGUUCUGGUCACACACACAGUGUGGGCACCAUCUACUGCUCCAGGCUGAAAGAAUCCUUUUUGGUGACGGGCAGCCAGGACUGCACUGUAAAAUUAUGGCCUCUCCCUGAAGCUCUGCUGUCCAAGAGCACAACCCCAGACAGUGAUCCCAUCCUUCUGCAGGCCCAGACCACCCAGCGCUGUCAUGAAAAGGACAUCAACAGUGUGGCUAUUUCUCCCAACGACAAGCUGUUGGCCACAGGCUCCCAGGACCGUACAGCCAAACUCUGGACCCUGCCACAAUGCCAACUGGUGGGUGUUUUCUCAGGCCACCGACGUGGCCUCUGGUGUGUACAGUUCUCACCCAUGGAUCAGGUGCUAGCCACAGCCUCAGCUGAUGGCACCAUCAAGCUCUGGUCACUGCAGGAUUUAAGCUGCCUCAAGACAUUUGAGGGGCAUGAUGCCUCUGUGCUAAAGGUGGCCUUUGUGAGCCGUGGCACACAGCUACUGUCCAGUGGCUCAGAUGGGCUCCUGAAGCUUUGGACCAUCAAGAACAAUGAAUGUGUGCGGACACUCGAUGCCCAUGAGGACAAGGUCUGGGGACUACACUGCAACCAGCUAGACGACCACGCCCUCACGGGUGCCAGCGACUCCCGAGUCAUUCUCUGGAAGGAUGUGACUGAGGCAGAACAGGCAGAGGAGCAGGCCAAGCGUGAGGAACAGGUGGUCAAGCAGCAAGAACUGGACAACCUGCUGCAUGAAAAGCGGUACCUGCGGGCACUGGGCCUGGCCAUCUCCCUGGAUCGGCCCCAUACAGUGCUGACAGUUAUCCAGGCCAUUCGGAGGGAUGCAGAGGCCUGUGAGAAGCUAGAAGCCACUGUGCUCAGACUGCGGCGAGACCAGAAAGAGGCCCUGCUGCGUUUCUGUGUCACAUGGAACACCAAUGCCCGGCACUGCCACGAAGCACAGGCAGUACUGAGUGUGCUACUCCAACACGAGGCCCCUGAGGAGCUUCUGGCCUAUGAGGGUGUGCGGGCCACACUUGAAGCCCUGCUGCCUUACACUGAACGACAUUUUCAGAGGCUCAGCCGAACACUGCAAGCAGCCACCUUCUUGGACUUCCUGUGGCACAACAUGAAGCUGUCCCCUCUCCCUGCUGCCCCACCAGCUCUUUGAUAUACAUAAAGUCAUACUUUUCCUA